GUUAAAUCUACUCACACCCCUCCAGUCCAGUGCAAAGACAAGCUAAAUCUACUCACGUGAAACACUCCCUUGCAUACGCAGUGUUUCAGAACUUCGACUUGUAUAUAUAAAGAGAUACCUUGCAGCUCUUGUUUCAGUGAAAACUGUGUUUCUUUAUUUGUGGAAGUCUUCGAUUAGAAGCAAAAAUGGCCGAAGCAAAGCUGAGCGGCAUAAAAGACAAUAGGUGGUCACUCCAUGGCAUGACGGCGCUUGUGACAGGAGGCACUCGAGGCAUUGGGCAUGCCAUCGUUGAAGAAUUGGCAGAGUUUGGAGCAGCCAUUCAUGUUUGUUCACGGAAGCAAGAUGACAUUGAUAAGUGUUUGGAAGAGUGGAAAAAGAAGGGAUUCAACGUCACCGGUUCAGUCUGUGAUGUCAAACAUCGCGACCAACGCCUCAAGCUCAUGGAAACUGUUUCCUCAGUCUUCCAGGGAAGGCUUAACAUUCUGGUGAACAAUGCAGCGGUAGAAAUAACAAAAAACAUAGUAGAUCACACUGCUGAAGAUGUAUCGACUAUAAUGGCUACCAAUUUUGAGUCUGCUUUUCAUUUGACUCAACUUGCACAUCCACUUCUUAAACAAUCUGGAUAUGGGAGCAUAGUAUUCAUUUCAUCCAUUGCAGGUGCAAAAGCUAUUCCAGGUUUAUCUGCUUAUGGAGCCGCUAAAGGAGCCAUGGAUCAAUUCACCAGGAACGUAGCAUUGGAGUGGGCAAAAGAUAACAUUCGUGCAAAUGCUGUAGCACCUGGACCAAUUUGGACUCCACUCUUUGAAUCUGUCAGGGAGAAAACUGGAACGAAAGUGUGGGAUGAUAUUGUUACAUCUACAAUACCUUUUGGUCGAGUAGGAGAAACCAACGAAGUAUCACCACUAGUUGCUUUUCUUUGUCUUCCUGCUGCAUCAUAUAUCACUGGGCAGAUUUUCUAUGCUGAUGGUGGUUUCACAUCUUAAAUUUCAAUCAGUGACUUCAUAAUUAAAUAAUAGUCACUUCGCUCAAUGAGCUCUAGUGUUCAUUUUUAAUCAUAAGUUCUUAAUUAAGCAUUGUCUAGCAUCUUAAGACUGGUGUAUUUGGCUCCGAAUCUGUUGUCUGCAAUAUUUUCUUAAUAAUUAUAAAUAAAGUUGUUGGAGAUCUCCCAAAAACUAAAGAAACAAAUUUAUAAUAUAUAGAAAUGUAAAUCUCAUUUUAUUAA